AUGGCAAUGUAUCCUUGUGCUCUGCUUCCCUGUCUCUUUAUUUAUCACCAACAGGCGGCAGUGGAUGCGGGAGGAGGAGCUAGCACAGCAGCUGCAUCUGCACCCGAAGCAGCUGAGUUUCUCCUAUGGCAAUGUCUCCUUGUCCCCUGGUUCCCGGUCUUUUCAAUGAUCACCAAACAGGCGGCAGUGGAUGAGAGAGGAGGAGCUGGCACGGCAGCUGCAUCUGCACCCGAAGCAGCUGAGGCGAACACUGAAGAUGCUGGAGGAGGAAUUGAUGAUCGUGCGCGAGCACAGGAAGGAGGUGAGAGCGGUGGGGUGUGGUGCGGUGUGGUGUGGUGGGGUGUGGUGGAGUUAAUGUGUGAUAUGGUGGUGCGGUUUAGUGCAGUGGGUGGUAACCACGUGAAGCAGCUGAGGCGAACACUGAAGAUGCUGGAGGGAGCUGAUGAUCGUGCGCGAGCACAGGAAGGAGGUGAGAGCGGUGGGGUGUGGUGCGGUGUGGUGUGGUGGGGUGUGGUGGAGUUAAUGUGUGAUAUGGUGGUGCGGUUUAGUGCAGUGGGUGGUAACCUCUUGAAGCAGCUGAGGCGAACACUGAAGAUGCUGGAGGGAGCUGAUGAUCGUGCGCGAGCACAGGAAGGAUUGAAUGGUAACCACUUGAAGCAGCUGAGGCGGACGCUGAAGAGUCUGGAGGAGGAGUUGAUGGUCGUGCACGAGCACAGGAAGGAGAACACGAGAGCAGCCAAGAAACUGAAGGGGGAGGGGGAGGAGGGGAAGGAAGGGGAGGGGGAAGGCGAGGGGUCGAAAUGGGAAGGCAAGCCGGGGCAGAAGCCGAAGCAGCACUCCCACUCCUACUGCUGCCUGCACUACCCCCAGAUCUAUGACGUGGUGAGGUACCGCAUCCACCGGGCGAAGAAGGCUAUAAAGGACGAGCUAGACAGUCGCAAGGAGGUUAUGUACCUGCUGUGCCCCAACCCGCACUGCAAGGCCAGAUACUCCACACUGGAUACGGAUAGGCUGAUUGAUCCAGUUGACUUCAACCUCAAGUGCGAGCGCUGCCACUCAGAGCUGGAGGCGGAAUCUGACAUGCUGGGAGGAGGGGGAGGCGGAGGGGGAGGGGUUGACGGGGAGGAUAACACAAGGAAGAAGAAGAAAGAGGCUCUUCAAAACAUGCUGGCGAGGUUCGAGCGCCAACUGAAACCCCUGAUGGAGCAGAUAGUGAAGGUGAAGGACCUCACGCCGCCCUACUUCGGGUCUCUAUCCGAAUGGGAGGCCAAGGCGUCGCCAGCACAGAGGGCAGCCGCAGUGGGGGGGGACAUCCCCAAGGCCCUCCCCCGUCUGGCCGGGCCAGGGGGAGGCGGUGCAGGGUCUACCCCUCUGCCCUUCAUGGGGGAAACACGGUCUCUCCCCCGGUUGGCGGGGCCGCGGGCCGCAGGGGGGAGAGUGGGUGCUGGGUCGACUCCUCUUCCCUUCAUGGGGGAGACACGGGUAGGUGGAUUGCAGGCACAGAGGGCAGCCGCAGUUGGGGGGGAGAUUCCCAAGGCUCUCCCCUGUCUGGCAGGGUCGGGGGGUGGGGGUGCCGGGUCAACCCCCCUGCCCUUCAUGGGGGAGACACGGGUGUCACCUUGUCGAGGUGAGAGUUCAAUGCACCGCCCACACAGAGGGGAGAUUCCCGAGGCUCUCUGUCUUGCAGGGCCGGGGGGAGGGGGUGCUGGGUGGGUCGACUCCUCUUCCCUUCAUGGGCGAGACCACGGGUGCGAUUGGUUGAGUGGGAUUUCAACCCUUUACCCUUCCAAGGCGUUGUCAGCAUUGAGGGCAGCCGUAGUGGGAGGGGAAGGGGCGCUGGGUCCACUCCUCUUCAUCUUCAUGGGGGAGACACGGGUGGAGGUGGAGGUUUCGAUUGGAGGGGAGGACGUGGGUGCUGCUGGUGGUGGGGGAGGAGGAGGAGGGGGAGGAGGAGGGGAAGGAGCGUUGACAAAACCGGCAGAAAUGAAGGUUAUUCCGAAGUGGGCCAUACGGGAGGGUAUGGUGCUGACAGCUGCGCAGAGAGGGGAGGUGGAGGAGGAGAAACCAGGGGGCGAAGGGGAGGGCGGGGAGGGGGGAGCGGGGGAAGGGGAUGGGGGAGCGGGGGAGGGUGCGGCGGGGGGAAUGUCGGCAGAGGAAGAGGCAGAGCAGCAGAGACUACAGGAAUACUACAAGGCAUAUUAUGCCGCAUUGCUGCAGCAGCAACAAGCACAAGCUGCAGCAGCAGCAGGCGGAGCGGACACCGCUGCCCCUACUGCUGCUGCUAUUGACACUGUUCCUCCCCUCUGUUCCCCCUUCCUGUAUCACCAGGAAUAUUACAAGGCUUACUAUGCCGCAUUGCUGCAACAGCAACAGGCAGCGGCAGCAGCAGGCGGAGUGGACACCACUGCCCCUACUGCUGCUGCUACCGACACUGCCACAGCCGCAGCUACUACUGAUGUCGCUCCUGCCAAUGCUGCAGCAGCAGCAGCAGGGGAGGGAGAUGAGGAGGAGGAUGUGACAUGGGAAGAGGGGGACGCAGGAGCAUAUGCCACCCCUCCUGCUCCUACUACUGCUCUCCCUUUCAACACGAGUCAAGCACUGCCCACUACGCCUAUAGCAGCAGCAAUUCAGGAGGAGGACGAGGAGGCGGAUUAUGAGUGGGAGGAUGGGGAUGGGGUGGAUGGUGGGGUGGGAGGGAGUGGGGGGGAGGUUGGUGGGGACGGGAGUGGGGGAGGGGUGAGUGGAGGGGCAGGGAGUGCGGGUGGAACAGGGGAUGGGGCUGGUGUUGCGGUUACCCCGGAGCCGGUGGGGGUAGGAGAGGCUGAGGGUGAGGAUGAUGAGGAUAUAGAAUGGGAUGAGUAA